AUGUCCCUCACCGUGAAGUCGCUGAACGGGGACACCGCUUUUCUACUUACCUUUAGCCCUCCAGUCGCACCACUGACGUCUCCAGGGCUCUUCCCAGGCUCCUUCACUAUUCUGGUCGAUCCGUGGUUGACCGGGCCAGCCACCAUUCUUGGCAGCUUUUUCUCCAUAUCAGAGCAGAGGACGAAACCGUGCAUAUCCUCUUUAAAAGAGCUAGAGCAAGAGCCGGAUAUAAUCCUCAUUUCGCAAGACAAGCCUGACCACUGCCACGAGGAGACCUUAAGGCAGCUUCCACAGGACUGCCAAUCAACGAUUCUGGCGAUUCCAGCAGCCGCAAGGAAGAUCCGUUCAUGGAAACAUUUCAGAGAAGAGCUAGUUCAAGCUAUACCGAAAUAUGAUGAGAGCAGCAAGCAAUCGAUGUAUCGCUUGGUCAUACCACCAAUGUCACCGCGAGGCUCCUGUGGAGAGCUUACAGUAACGUGGAUACCCGCUAAAAGAGAUAUAUCCAGUGUUCAUCAUGCCAUUGGAAUUACAUAUCGGCCCCCUUGCAGUGUACUGUCAGCUACUCCCGGACGGUACUUGGACCUUCCCGAGCUUCCUCUCAGUCCGCCAGCGUCGCCGCGGUCGUUUCGCACCAUAGCAUCAUCACCGCGUACAAUCGUACCAGCGCCCUAUAAUGACCGUGAGAAGACAUUGUCAGUUCUGUAUUCGCCACACGGUGUGCCUUACGAAGACGUCCAGCCAUACGCGUCUUCUCAUCUGGUCAAUGAGGCCGCACUGCCCUUGACUGCCCUCAUACACUCUUUUGACCGCGUCGAAAACCCAUGGUACUUGGGAGGAAAUAUCUCUGCCGGCUCUCCUGGCGGUCUGCAGAUUGCACGUAGCCUGUAUGCUCAAACCUGGAUCAGCGCGCACGAUGCGGACAAGCACAACCGCGGUCUGUCGGUCAAACAGACUCGAAUCGGGAAAUUUGCAGCAGACAAGAUUGAGAGCAUGCUGUACGAAGGAGAUGAGACCAAAAUGAAAAGCCCAAUCCCAAUCAAGCUUGUAACCUUGGCCUCAGGAGAAGCGUAUACUCAGGGAAGCGGUUGA